AUGUAUUACCUAAAAUUAUUCCUGAAAUUAUUGUUGCUCCUCUUUUUAAGCUACGAUUUCAUCAUUUUGAAGAACGGCACUGGAAAAGUUGUGCAUGGAGACAGGAACUUUUUAAAAGAAAGUUACGAAUUUUUAUUCGUCCAAAAGGACACACUCCCAUCCUACAUAAAUAGGGACAAUCAGAUCUCCAUUUAUUUUUGCAAAUCCUGA